UCUUCGGAAGACGAUAAUCGAUAUUGUUAACACAAUCGAUAUCAGCAACCGUGCUAUCGAUGGUUUACCAACCCUAAUUGAUAAGACGGAGAAGAUCAUUUUGCAAUUCCGCAGGUGUGCGUAGUUUAAGAAUAAAGAAUUUUAGAAGAAAAUGUACACACAACUAAUUAGAAAUUUAAGGAACAUAAGAUGUUACUCCGCCAAAGUAACACCUGCGGUAAGGCCAAUUAAUAAAAUCCUCAUUGCCAAUCGUGGUGAGAUUGCCUGCCGUGUCAUUAAAACUGCCCGUAAAUUAGGUGUACGAACGGUGGCAGUGUACUCUGAUCCCGAUGAAAAGUCCCUGCACACUCAAUAUGCUGAUGAGGCAUAUCGUGUGGGUGAGGCUGCAUCAGCCUCAUCGUAUUUGCGCGGCGAUCGCAUCAUAGAAAUUGCCAAGAAAUCCGGCUGUCAAGCCAUCCACCCGGGUUAUGGUUUCUUAUCAGAAUCUGUGGAAUUUGCUGAAUUGUGCCAAAAGGAGGGUGUUGUCUUUAUGGGACCUCCUAGCUCUGCCAUCCGCGAUAUGGGUAUUAAGAGCACAAGUAAACAUAUUAUGGAUGCCGCCGGUGUACCCAUUAUUAAUGGUUAUCAUGGUGAAGAUCAAUCGGAUGAACGUUUGCAAAAGGAGGCCCAAAAGAUUGGAUUUCCCUUGAUGAUUAAGGCUGUUCGCGGUGGUGGUGGCAAAGGUAUGCGUAUUGCCGAUAAGCAAGAAGAUUUUAUGGAUGCCUUGAAUUCGGCUCGUACGGAAUCGCAAAAAUCAUUUGGUGAUAGCUCGGUGCUUUUGGAACGUUAUGUUCGUUCACCACGUCACGUAGAGGUCCAGGUGUUUGCCGAUCAAUACGGCAAUGCUGUGUACUUGUGGGAAAGAGAUUGUUCCGUGCAAAGACGUCAUCAGAAGAUCAUUGAAGAAGCACCAGCUCCUGGCUUGUCUGAAGAGUUGCGUCGUGAAUUGGGCGAAGCCGCCGUCCGUGCCGCCAAGGCUGUGGGUUAUGUUGGCGCCGGCACUGUUGAAUUCAUUAUGGACAAAGAAGAUCUUAGUUUCCAUUUCAUGGAAAUGAACACCCGUCUCCAGGUGGAGCAUCCAAUUUCUGAAAUGAUUACCGGUACCGAUUUAGUUGAAUGGCAAAUUCGCAUUGCUGCCGGUGAACCACUGCCAGUGACUCAAGAACAAAUUACCCGUAAAGGUCAUGCUUUUGAGGCUCGUAUUUAUGCUGAAAAUCCUCGCGGUGGUUUCUUGCCAGGAGCUGGUCCUCUACGCUAUUUGGCCACACCCCAAGCUAGCGAUUUGGUUCGUGUUGAGACCGGCGUCCGGGAAGGUGAUGAGGUGUCGGUGCAUUAUGAUCCCAUGAUUGCCAAAUUGGUUGUAUGGGGUGAAAAUCGUUCACAGGCUUUGAACAGCUUAAUUGCCCGCCUCAGGGAGUAUCAUAUCACUGGCCUUGAAACCAACAUCAAUUUCCUGAUUGACUUGGCCUCCCAUCCUGAAUUCCAAUCUGGCAAUGUUCACACCGGUUUCAUUGAUCAACAUUUCGAUACUCUAUUCCCACCGGUGGAAAUUUCCGAUAAUGACUUGUGUAAAGCUGCCCUUUCAUUGGUGUUCAAUGAAUUGGAAGCAUCCCAAACAAAUGCCCCUAGCCGCAACGAUCCUUUUGCUGCCUCGGCUAAUUUACGUUUGAACUAUGACCUAAUACGCCAAUACCAACUGAAGGCCAAUGAGAAGACCUAUCAAAUCAAUGUUAAAUUUAAUGCUGAAAAUAUUGAAAUUCAAAUUGAUAAUGGCUCGUGGUAUACCGUCAAAGCUGAUCGCAUAGAGGAUGGUGAACGUCUAAAGAUUCGUUCCAAUAUUGCCAAUAACAUUUCCACAUACAAUGCCUAUAUUGAUGAAUCGGAAGUUAGUGUGUUUUUGGAAAAUGGUAAAUUGGCUUUUGAAUUGGUACAACCGAAAUUCUUAAAUGCUGCCGUUGAUCAAAUGGGUAGUGCUGGAUCGAAGGUAAUCGCCCCCAUGCCUGGUGUUUUGGAAAAGGUUUUGGUUAAACCGGGCGAUAAGGUGAAAAAGGGUGACAACUUGGCCGUAUUGAUUGCCAUGAAAAUGGAACACAUUCUCAAGGCUCCCAAGGAUGCUGUUGUUAAAUCGAUUGGUGGCGCCGAAGGUUCAAAUGUUGCCAAGGGCGCUGCUGUCAUUACCUUUGAGGAAGAAGCUGAGAAUUAAUUGGGAAAUUCCUUGACACUACCACUGACAACCUGUACCAGAUUUUAAAUUGCAUUUAUUUUUGAUAUAUAGUUUUGAUUUUUGAUCUUUGUUUUUUUUUAGUAAACUUGGGUGCCUUUUAUAUA